GUACUCCGUCGUUUCCCUACAGCCUCAGGCUAUAGCAGGAAGACAUCCUUUUAACCUGCCGAGAUCGCAACUGACAGCGACGGGCUUUCGUUUUUCAUAGACAGAACCAAGGUUCAUACAACUGAUCUUUUGUUUUCGCCUGCAGGCAGGUCAUACUUGACGACCACCACGCGCGACAAAUCAUCGACUGUUUGCUAAAAUAUCUGUUACAUCGAAAAUUCAAUGAGCAAAGUUUCCACUGCAUCUGGAAAGACUCCGACCCCGCUCCCUUCGCAGUCAGCUUGGGCAAAGGGCCCGCCGCAGAGCAAUUCAUCUGCAGCUCCUUCACCGCGAUCGCAGUCUCCCGCUCCUACUCAUGUUGCAUCUCCAAUAGCUAUUUCUCACUCGAGACGUCCAAGUGCGUUAGGCCAGGGCGUGUCCGUAAAAGAUGGCGUCUCAGUCCCUCGAAAUAAUGUGGGAUCGGUAGUACGACCAGCAUCCGUUGUGUUUGGAUCAAUAGAUGAUGCCUCGGCCCCGUUAUCUUCAUCGCCGGCUGCCAUUCCCGCUGUAAAAACCGAAGUCGUAAAGUCUUUCGGAUCCGUACCUGCUACGUCUUCCAACCAUGUAAAUGGCAAAAGCUCAGCUUCUACAUCGGCCACAGGGUCGUCGAAGCAGCCUUCACGACCUUCCCUAUCAUCAACGCCCUCCAACUCCAGUGCGCUAUCCUCAACGGCCGCAACAUCAAGCGCAUCCACGCCUAAACCGUCUAGAGCAGACAUUGCAAAGCUCUUCCAGAAUCCCUCGUCAUCGUCUUCCCAACCGUCUUCUGACACAUCCUCUCCUUCCACUCGGCCCUCUACUUUACCUCCACAUCACCAGUCAUCGUCAUCUUCGUCGCAACAGCCACAGCAACCCUCGCAACUCGGCACACAUUCAUAUUCGCAGUUCGUGCCAAAUAGCAUGCGGCCACCGCAGCAGCCUUCUGGUACCCCACGUUCCCCUGCAUUCUCUCGUGCUGUGCCAAACGUGCAAGGCCAGUCUCGACAGGGAGCUGGCCCAGGGGGUCCGGGUGGCCCACCUAUCCCUGCCAGUCCCCGAAUGGCACCGCACCCACAUCAAGCACCUCCUGGAGGUAUAGCACCGCAGGUACCCAUGCAGCCCAUGUCAUGGGGCGGAUACUAUUAUAUGGAUCCAUAUCAACCACAACCUCCUUGGGGGUAUUAUGCUAUGCCCUCCCAACAUAUGCACCAACAGCCUCACCCGCAACAUGUCCCCCAUGUCCCCCCUCCCCAUCAACCUGGACCUCUUCCCAUGUCACCUCGUCCCGCAGCCCCCCAACUACCUGGCACGCCCACCAUGGCACAUGCUAUCCCACAUCCCCCUCAUACACCUCAACCACCUCCUUCCAUGUCUUCCCCACCGCCCACACCUUCUACCGCCAACGCACCUCGCCUUAACACGAACGCCCGCGACUUUGUUCCUGGCGGACGCUCUACAUCCAAGGUUACCAUCAAGAGCCAGGAUGGCAUGGAGGUGACGCUUGAUGCUCUCAAGAAGCACAGCCCCCAACCACCGACCGUUCCUAUCCCACCUGCAUCGCCUGUUGUGACCAGCCGGCGGCAACCUUCGGUUUCGGUACGCAUCGAGAGCGAGGAAUCGAAGCGCGCAAGAGAGGAGAACGCACGGAAAGAGCAGGAGAAGAAGGAGGAGGAGGAGCGUGCGAAGAAGGAUGCUAUAGACAAGAAGAAGCGCGAAGCAGAGGAAGAGGCUAAGCGGUUGGAGGAGGAAGAAGCUGCACGCAAGAGGAAGGCUGAGGAGGACCGAAUACGCAUGGAGGAGGAAGAAAAGGAGCGGAUACGGCAAGCAGAGGAAGAGGAGAAGGAGCGCCUACGCCAGGAGGAGGAAGACCGUCUUGAGGCAGAGCGGCGGGAGGCAGAGCAGGCACGCAUCGCACUGGAAGAGGAGGAACGGAAACAGCAAGAUGCUCUUGAGGCAGAGGAAGCUCAGCUUGAAGCGGAAGAAGCUGGUGACAUCGUUCAAACUCCAUCACCCGCCAGCGAGUCUCAAGAGCCAGAGGACGGCGAAGUCUCCGAGCAUGACGAAGCUUCUGUGCCUCAGCUUAACGGCGAUAGCGGGAAGAAAUUGAAGGAGUCACUUCGGAUAGAUACGUCUGCGAUGCCCCCUCCCACUGAGAUUCCACGAAGACGUCCUGGCCCUCUCGACCUUGCUUCAGCGAAGAGAGAUGUUUCUGCCCCUCUCCCCUUCCGCACUCCUUACCGCACGUGUCAUCGAGAAUCUCAGCGAGGUUGCGUACCCUGAAGGCAUCAAGAGCCCGAGGGUUGAGCUCAAUGCGAACGUCAAGGAUGGCCGAUUCAGGUAUACGACCGUGACUUUCUUAUGCAGUUCAUGCACAUUUGCAAGGAGAAGCCGCCUACCCUUCCUGCUCUCGAUGUCCUUGGCAUUGAACCCGUCGAUCAAGUAUCGUUUCCCAUGGCUCGUGGUGGCUCUGGACGUCAUCGGAACGCCUCUGGUGCGAUGCCCGCAU